CUAUGUUAGCAAACGGUGAUACGUCGCUUUACCUGUUGCUCAUACCUGUAGCUGUCGUCAUAGCUGUGACAGUUGGUUUAGCAGCGUGGUAUAAACAAAGAACAGGACGUAGCAAUGCUUCAAACCGCAGACCAAGUGAAUCAAUGUCCAAUGCCUUUUGUCCACCGACGGACAAUGAUGGAUACAUGCUGCCCGUUCGUACUGUCGGGAGCCACGGCAUAACACGGGAUGCAGCUGGUGUUAGGGAGAGCACCGUGUCAGCAUACACACACGGACCAAAACUAGGGGACGAGCAGCACGUCUACAGCAGCAUAGACGACCCAAGCGACGCUCAGUGUGAUCGAAACAAUGACGACAUAGACUUUAAUCGAACGCAGAAUUCAGCAGUGGCCAAUAUCGACGAUUCACAUUUGGACGAGACGGCAAGCGAAAAUCACAACACAGCGAAUGUUUAUGACACACUUGAAAGAAAUUUGGAUUCUCAAACUGACAAUCAUUAUCUGAGUCCCACAUUUUGAUUCUGUCAUUGAAGAAUAUUUUACGUUACAUCACAGAAAUGUUUAUACAAAAUGUUGUAAAUAAUUAAAAAUAAUUCGCUAUAUAAAUCCUUA